UCUUUGGUGGUAACGUGCUUACUUUCUUUUUCACCAUUUUCUACCACCGGCAGCUAGAGAGGUCUCGCCUUUCAGAGGACCCGGGGCCGGAGGCGAAGCUGAGGUGUCCUAGCAGGAGCGGCCCCUUUAAGGAGGCAGCGCCCGGGCGAGCUGCUCGCUGAUUGGCGGAGCGGAGCCUCGUGGCAGGGCGGCAGAGACCGAGGCGGCUGGGUGGGUUCCGGCCGGUGGGCGCAGCCUCUCCCGGGGAGCCGAGCGAGUUGACAGAUGAUCGGGAGGCGCUCCCUGCUCGGCGUCACCUUUUGCACCUGCUACCUGGCUUCUCACCUCACGAACAAGUAUGUCCUGUCGGUCCUGAAAUUCACCUAUCCUACAUUAUUCCAAGGGUGGCAGACACUCAUCGGUGGACUUUUGCUUCAUUUGUCGUGGAAACUGGGUUGUGUGGAGCUCAACAGCAGUUUAAGAUCUAAUGUUUUGGCAUGGCUUCCUGCUUCAGUGCUGUCAGUGGGUAUAAUCUAUGCAGGGUCCAGAGCUUUGUCCAGACUGGCUGUUCCUGUGUUUUUCAUUUUGCAUAAUGUAGCUGAAGUUCUCAUCUGCGGGUACCAGAAGUGUGUCUGGAAAGAGAAAACAUCGCCCACAAAGAUCUGUAGUGCCCUCUUCCUUGUGGCUGCUGCAGGGUGCCUUCCCUUCCAGGACGCACAGUUUGAUGCAGAUGGAUAUUCUUGGGCUGUCGUUCACUUAUUUUGUGUAGGGGCUUACAGAAUACUUCGGAAAUCCCAGAAGCCCAGCGUGUUAAGUGAUAUUGACCAGCAGUACUUGAACUAUAUAUUCAGUGUGGCUCUCCUGGCAGUGGCAUCUCAUCCCACAGGUGACCUCUUCAGUGCUGUGGACUUUCCGUUCCUGUCUUUCUACAGAUUCCACGGCAGCUGCUGUGCCAGCGGAGUUUUAGGAUUCUUUCUCAUGCUAAGCACAGUAAAGCUGAAAAGCGUUCUGGCCCCAGGGCAGUGCGCAGCCUGGAUUUUCUUUGCUAAGGUCAUCACAGCUGGCUUGUCACUCUUGCUGUUUGAUGUGGUCCUGACCAGUGCAACUGUGGGCUGCUUCCUGCUUGGUGGACUUGGCGAGGCCCUGCUGGUUUUCUCAGAGCGGAGAAGUUCCUGAUGCAGAUGGUCAAGGAAAGGAAACACUCAUCUACUGCAGAAGAACACAGCACUCGGGCCUCCCUCUUAAGGAACAUAGAAAGAACUCAGAGAGUGCAACCAGGCUGAACUCGGUGUUUGCUGAUGACUCAAACACCCCACUUUCUCAUUACUGAAGGGAGGAUUUCACAGGGGACUCUGCACCGCUGCAGAGAAAGGACCCAUCUUACAUCUUCUCAUGCAGGACCCAGUUCUGCAGAAUCAGGAGGCAGGGGAUCUUAAUGGGAUGGCCGUGUCGUCUGGAUGGACCACAGCCUCUGGACAUCAGGACUUCCACCAAACUCUGUCCUGUAUUUGAGGUUACAGUCCCAUGGAGUCUUAUUGCAUUUUCUUUGUGGUGUUUUGUGUCUUUCCAUUUUGGAGUCUCUUUCCCCCUUGAUUUUUUUCUGGUUUACCUGGAGCCCAUGCCCACCCACAGAAAACAAGGCAUGAAUGCUCCUGAGAGUCAUGUAGAGCAGGGCUGGGGGCUGAGCAGCGCUCUGGACCAAGUAAGAUACCAAGAAAGAUCUUUAGACGGUGUUGUGAGUGGAGGGCUUUUGUGGUUGAUGCAGAUUUACUUCUGGUUUCUAAAUUUCUUUUGGUUCUUGUGAAUUUGUCAGAAUGUGGUGAGUUCUGUAGAAUCUGUUAGGUUAGGCUGGUGAUUAAAUCAAUUAUCUGAAGCCUUCUGAGUCCUGGGUGGCCCAGGUGGGUCUCCAAUGUCUUACCUGCUCUGUCUUCUGAGGGCUGAGACUAUUAAGCAUGCAUUCCUAUGCCUAGGUUUUGUUCCUUCGUAUCACAGAUGAGCUCUCAAGGCAUCGACCACUGGAUUUUAUCUCUCACACCAGAUUAAUGAUUGGGGUCAAGUCCCGCACCUUACUGCUGAGGAGAAGCUGUUUUACACAAAGUAGUCACUUGACUCUGAAUCCACUAAGGCUUAAGAAAAUAAUGCUUCAAUCUAGAUAUUUCUUCUCACUGAUUUUAGAAAUACUUUUUUAGAGGAUCAAUAAAAUUGUCAUUUAUUAGUUUUUUACAGUGUUCUCAAACUUUAGUGUACAACAGAAUCAUCCAGAAGAUUUAUUAAAACUUACAUUGCUGACAUUGAUUCCAAGUUUUGGUUCUGACCAGGUUUGGUGGCACACACACCUUUAGUACCAGCUGUUGAGAAGCAGAGGCAGGAGGAUUUCUGUGAAUUUGCGGUCAGUCUUGUCUACACAGAAAAUUCCAGGCUGGGCAAGGCUAUAAAAUGAGACCUUGUUUAAAAUGAAACAAAACCAGGUUUCUGAUUCUG